UACGACCAGUCUCGCCGGGGGAAGUCGUAAACCGGAGUCGCAGUUGGCGAGUCCGCCACACGGCGCGCCACCACCGCCCCUCCACCGCUGCACAGUGCACUCACUCUGAUGCGCUUAACGGUUCACUCAGUAGUGCAAGUGCAGUCGACGACUCGACAAUUGUAAUCAGUUAUCAGUUAUCAGCGUGCUGUGCGAGUGCGAGCCGAUGGGAGGCAACAACAACUACACGGAACUGGACCUCUCGUCUCACGGGCAUAGUCACCCCGGUGGACAGAACUCUCGUACAGCACCCAACUGCGCUCGCUGUAGGAACCAUGAGAUCAUUGUGCAGCUCAAGGGCCACAAGCGCUACUGCAAGUACAUGCACUGCAAGUGUGACAAAUGCAUACUCACCGCCGAGCGACAAAAGGUGAUGGCGAAGCAGACAGCCAUACGCAGGGCCCAGGAGCAAGACAGAGAUAGGUUGAAUAAGGGUCUACCAGUGCCUGGACGUGAAGUCACUCCUCCAUCUACCACAGUCACAGUACACGACAAUGAAGUCUGCUCGCCCGCCCCCGCCUCGACCACCGCGGCGACCAUAGCCUCCGCCGCCGCAGUCAACUCCGCUCCCUCUACACCGCGACGGAUCACCACUCCGCCACCCAGGCGACAACACAAUGCUGCAGAAAUGUGGGAAUCUAUCCUGCAGCUGCUAGACUGGUGCAGAUUGCCUCUCCACACCACACCUCUUCUGCACAUCAUCUUGUCAGAAGUCACUCCCAGUGCGCCUGCAGCCUUCGAAUACUCUAAAAUGUGGGAAUCUAUCCUGCAGCUGCUAGACUGGUGCAGAUUGCCUCUCCACACCACACCUCUUCUGCACAUCAUCUUGUCAGAAGUCACUCCCAGUGCACCUGCAGUCUUCGAAUACUCUAGGAUAAUAGUACUCAAGCUACUGUUAUUUUGUUCCAGCUGCAGAAAUGUGGGAAUCUAUCCUGCAGCUGCUAGACUGGUGCAGAUUGCCUCUCCACACCACACCUCUUCUGCACAUCAUCUUGUCAGAAGUCACUCCCAGUGCACCUGCAGUCUUCGAAUACUCUAG